CCACUUUUGACUCCACAAGCAUUAUUCAAAGCAAUGCUCUGUGUGUCUCUUGCAAAUUCAGUAUCUAUGGGAGUUGGUAGCCCGCAGUCCCAGGGUUGGUGGGAAACGACAAAUCCAGUUCAUUAAUAUAUUCAGAAGAAUCAGGACUGAUCACAUAAACAGAUUGCAGAUCCAUCACCCAACACCCAUCAAGAUUCAAGACGAAAAUCCAUCAAAGAAGAUGCAAGUUAAUAUCAAAGAAACUGCUUCAAUCCGUCCUUCAACUCCUCCCUUCUCGGAGAACCAUGUUCUUCCUCUUUCCCCUCUCGAUAUUGACCGCAACAUGAACGUUAUCUUCCGAUAUCUUCGUGUCUAUCUCAACAACGCCGCCGCCACCAACAGUAACCACCCAUUUAAUGUCAUCGCCUCCGCCAUUUCCUCCGCUCUAGUCCACUACUACCCUCUCACUGGUACUAUCCGCCGGCGACAGGUAGACAACCGCUUUGAAGUAUUCUGCUCUGGUGACCAAGGACUGCCUCUUAUCAAUGCAACGGUGAACUGCACGCUAGAGUCCCUUAACUACCUUGAUGACCCGGAAUCUGAUUUUGUGGAGCGGCUAGUGCCCGAUCCGAGUCCGGAUGAAGGGCUGGUCAACCCGUGUAUACUCCAAGUCACGACGUUCGAGUGCGGUGGAUUUACUCUGGGAGCUGCAAUACACCAUGCCUUGUGUGAUGGGCUUGGAGCCACCCAAUUUUUCAAUGUUGCGGCGGAGGUAGCGCGCGGGGUGGACCGGAUUUCUGUUCAACCGGUAUGGGAUAGGACGAGUUUGUUGAGUCCGAGAGACCCGCCCCAGAUCGAGGGAGCCGUGAGGGAGUUUCUGAGUUUGGAGAAAGGGUCUGAACCAUACGGCCAGGCGAUUGGCAAGGUUGCGAGGGUGUGUUUCACAGUGAAGGAGGAGUGGUUGGAUCGGCUCAAGAGUGUGCUGCUUGAGAAGAGUGGCUUAAAUUUCACCACGUUUGAGGCUUUGGGUGCAUUCUUGUGGCGAGCCAAGGUCAAGGCCUCAGGAAUUCCUAGUGAUGAGGUUGUGAAGUUCACAUACGCAAUGAAUAUACGAAGACUGGUAAAGCCACCAUUGCCUGCUGGCUACUGGGGCAAUGGUUGUGCUCCAAUGUAUGCACAGCUUCUUGCUAAAGAGCUAUUAGAGCAACCCAUUUGGAAAACAGCUGAGGUGAUAAAGAAGAGCAAAAUUAAUGCAACUGAUGAAUAUGUGAGAUCAUUUAUCGACUUCCAAGAAGUACAUUAUGCAGAUGGGAUUACAGCAGGCAACAGAGUGAGUGGAUUCACAGAUUGGAGACACUUAGGCCAUUCCACUGUGGAUUUCGGUUGGGGAGGUCCAGUUACUGUCUUCCCGCUCUCAACAAAACUGCUAGGAAGUGUUGAGCCUUGCUUUUUCUUGCCUUGCUCAUCAGCAAAUGCAGGCAAGAAAGAUGGGUUCAAGGUGUUAGUGACCUUGCAAGAGACUUCGGUGCUUGCUUUCAAGAAAGAGAUGGAGAAAUUUAGCAACCAAGAAUUUGAGCUUUGAUGAUUUUACACAUCAAAGUCCUUGUCUCUGUGAUGUUGUUUUAUCUGUAAUUUAUGCUAAACUGAGUGAAAAAUUGCAUAUUUGCACCACGGAGUUUGCUAAAAUUUGUGAAUUUGACUGCUUAAUUGGCAGAAUAAAGUGAAAGUGAGCUAAUGGCUAAA